CGCGCCUAUUUAUAUGCGGGCGCCAUGUUGUCGCCUUGUGGCAGAUUGUGAGGGAAGCGGCAUCGGGCAGCGUCAAGAUGGCGACCAGGCAGGCGGUGUACGAUGGCCGAGCGGCCAAGCGCCAGAGGACCGAAAAUGACGGCAGCCGGCAGCAAGACGGCAGCUAUCUUGAGGAUCCUCAUAAGCCAAGUCCAUCCCCUGUAGUACAUGUCAGAGGGCUGUCUGAUGGAGUGAUGGAGGCAGACCUUGUAGAAGCACUGCAGGAGUUUGGUGCCAUCAGCUAUGUGGUGAUGAUGCCAAAGAAGAGACAAGCAUUAGUGGAAUUUGAAGAACUGAAUGGUGCAUGUGCCUGUGUGAACUUUGCAGUUGAAAGUCAGAUCUACGUGGGAGCACAGCCUGCUUUUGUUAACUACUCUACAAGUCAGAAAAUUUCCAGGCCUGGUGACUCUGAUGAUUCCAGAAAUGUCAACAACAUACUGCUCUUCACAGUGAUGAACCCCAUCUAUCCAAUUACAACGGAUGUGCUAUACACCAUUUGCAAUCCAUGUGGACCCGUGCAAAGAAUUGUAAUAUUCAGAAAGAAUGGAGUACAGGCAAUGGUGGAAUUUGACUCUGUGCAGAGUGCUCAGAGAGCAAAAGCGUCGCUCAAUGGGGCAGACAUCUAUUCUGGAUGUUGUACUUUGAAGAUUGAGUAUGCAAAACCUACUCGUUUGAACGUCUUCAAAAAUGAUCAGGAUACUUGGGACUAUACAAAUCCUAAUUUGGGAGGACAAGGAGAACCCAACAAGCGUCAGCGACAACCAGCAUUGCUUGGAGAUCAUCCUUCUGAGUACGGAGCCCCACAAGGAGGCUAUAGUCACUAUCCGGAUGACGACUAUGGCCCACCGGCCCAUUAUGAACGCCGUAGGAUGGGAGGUCCACCCCCUCCUCAUCGAGGCCCGCCCAAUCAACGUUACGGACCUCAGUAUGGUCCUCCUCCGCCACCUCCACCACCAGAGUAUGGUCCUCAAGCAGAAAGUCCAGUGCUGAUGGUUUAUGGGUUGGACCCUUCCAGAAUGAAUUGUGACAGAGUGUUCAACAUUUUCUGCUUGUAUGGAAAUGUGGAGAAGGUGAAAUUUAUGAAGAGUAAGCCAGGAGCUGCCAUGGUCGAGAUGGGUGAUGGGUUUGCAGUGGAUCGUGCCAUCAGCCAUUUGAAUAAUACUUACAUGUUUGACCAGAAAUUAAAUGUGUGUGUAUCCAAACAACAGGCUAUAAUGGCUGGUCAAUCAUACGAACUUGAAGAUGGCUCUUGCAGUUUCAAAGAUUUCUCUGGCUCGAGGAACAAUCGCUUCACCACUCCAGAGCAGGCUAGCAAGAACAGAAUCCAGCAUCCAAGCAAUGUGUUGCAUUACUUCAACGCCCCUCCCGAGGUGACAGAAGAUGCUUUCUGUGAGGUGUGUGAUGAGCUGGGUUUGAAGAGACCAUCUGCUUUCAAGUUGUUUUCUGGAAAGAGUGAGAGAAGUUCUUCUGGUCUGAUUGAGUGGGACACAAAGAAUGAUGCCAUGGAAUCGUUGGCUCUGCUGAAUCACUAUCAAAUGAAAAACCCAAGUGGUCCUUACCCUUACACCCUGAAACUCUGUUUCUCUACAGUACAACACGCAGCAUAGAGAUCUGAAGAGGUGGACUGCUCUCCACUAUUGUGACUUGUAUUUUAGUCUUUUCAUUCUGUUAAGGUGCAGUGACCUUUUCAUUCAGAAAGAAGUAAUGAGCCACAGUUUGUGAUGAGUAUUACAGUUCAUUUUUAUUUUCUAGUUAAUUGGUUUAAUUUGUUUUAGAAGUAAAUUGUAUUGUAGAAGUCAAAUACCCUUCAUUUUUAUUAGCUGUGAUUGGAUGAUUAAGAAUCGACAUGUAUUAGGAAUUUGUUGUGUCCUGGGCACCAACAGAAAUGUCCAGCAAUAAUAAAGAAUUGUAUAAAAAUAAAGAUAUGGAAUAAAAUGUG